AUGGAGCAGAUUGAGACAAAGGCCCAAAAGGGAGCCUCCACGCUAGCCUUCGUGUUCGAUGUGACCGGCUCCAUGUACGACGACCUGGUGCAAGUCAUCGAGGGGGCGUCAAAGAUUCUGGAGACGUCGCUGAAGCGACCCAAGAGGCCGCUUUACAACUUCGCCCUGGUGCCCUUCCACGAUCCAGAAAUUGGUCCAGUGACGAUAACCACAGAUCCCAAGAAAUUUCAGUUUGAACUCAGGGAGCUGUAUGUUCAGGGUGGUGGAGACUGUCCAGAGAUGAGCAUUGGAGCAAUUAAGAUUGCUCUAGAAAUCUCUCUUCCUGGUUCUUUCAUCUAUGUAUUUACUGAUGCACGAUCCAAAGACUAUAAACUCACCCAUGAAGUACUUCAGCUUAUUCAACAGAAGCAGUCACAGGUAGUAUUUGUGCUAACUGGUGACUGUGAUGACAGGAAUCAUAUUGGUUACAAAGUCUAUGAAGAAAUUGCCUCAACAAGCUCUGGUCAAGUUUUUCACUUAGACAAAAAGCAAGUUAAUGAGGUGUUGAAAUGGGUUGAAGAAGCAGUUCAAGCAUCCAAAGUACAUCUUUUGUCUACAGACCAUUUGACUAUGGCUGAAAAUACUUGGCAGAUCCCCUUUGAUCCGAGUCUGAAAGAGGUUACAGUGUCCUUGAGUGGUCCUUCACCAGCAAUUGAAAUUCAUGAUCCAUUAGGUAAACAGAUCAGUAAAGGAUUGGGUCUGAACGAAUUGCUGAAUAUCCACAACUCUGCAAAAGUAGUAAACGUUAAAGAUCCAGAACCUGGAACAUGGACAAUAAAGACAUCAAGCAGCGGAAGACACUCUGUUCGGAUCACAGGUCUCAGCACUAUUGAAUUUCGAGCUGGGUUUUCCAAGAAGCCAACAUUAGACUUCAAGAAAACAUCCAGCAGACCAGUGCAAGGGAUUCCUACCUUUGUGCUGCUAAAUACCACAGGAAUCCUUCUUCCAGCCAGAGUAGACUGUCUUGAGCUUCUGAGUAUUUCAGGGGAACCUCUUAAGACCUUGCCUGUGAAAUACUAUCCUGACAGAAAGCCAUAUGGACUAUGGAACAUUUCUGACUUUAUUCCACCAGAUGAAGCUUUUUUUCUUAAAAUAACGGGCUACGACAAGGAUGGUUAUCUUUUCCAGAGAGUUUCAAGUGUUUCAUUUUCUAGUAUUACUCCUGAUGCUCCAAAAGUUACAAUGCCAAACAAGACUCCAGGAUAUUACUUACAGCCAGGGUCUGUUCCUUGCCAUGUAGAAAGUCUUAUACCUUUUACUCAACACUUCACUAAAAAUGGAGUAAAACUAGGAGUGGAUCAGCUAUUCAAAGAAUCAUCAAGUAUGAGCUGGGAUAUCAACCAAGUCUCCUUGUCUGAUGAAGGUUUCUAUGAAUGUAUUGCAACCAACGCUGCAGGAACUGGUCGUGCACAGACUUUUCUGGAUGUAUCAGAACCUCCGCCUGUGAUUCAGGUUCCUAACAAUGUCACAGCUAUCCUUAGGGAAGGAGCCAUCCUGACCUGCCUGGUUGUAAGCACCAUGCGUUACAAUCUUACUUGGCAGAGAAAUGGCAGGGAUGUGAGGCUCCAGGAGUCCCUACGGAUGAAGAUUAUGAGCAACCUAUCUUUAGAAGUGAAAGCAGUAGAGUUCACAGAUGCUGGCAAGUACAACUGCAUAGCUUCUAACAAGGAUGGCUCUACCAUGGCAUCUGUCUUCCUUACAGUACAAGAACCACCUAAGAUUGUCAUUUCACCUAAGGAUCAGACUUUUACAGAAGGCUCUGAAGUGUCUAUCAAGUGUUCUUCUACAGGUUAUCCAAAGCCAACAGUAGUAUGGACACACAAUGAAAUGUUUAUCGUUGGUUCAAAUAGGUAUAGAUUGACCCCAGAAGGCACCUUGAUCAUAAAACAGGCAGUUCCAAAAGAUGCAGGUGUUUAUGGUUGUUUGGCAAGUAACUCAGCUGGGACAGAGAAACAGACAUCUAUUCUUACAUAUAUCAAGGGCCCAACAGUGACCAUAGUUCAAAGUGAAAUUCUGGUUGCUCUUGGAGACACAACUAUUAUGGAGUGUAAAACAACUGGAAUCCCACAUCCUCAAGUUAAAUGGUUUAAAGGUGACUUAGAGUUGAGGGCAUCAGCGUUUCUCAUUAUUGAUACUCAUCAGGGUCUUUUGAAGAUCCAGGAAACACAAGAGCUGGAUGCUGGUGAUUAUACCUGUGUGGCUACCAAUGAUGCAGGGAGAGCUUCUGGAAAGAUAACUCUAGAUGUUGGCUCUCCCCCAGUUUUUACGCAAGAACCCAGUGAUGAAUCUGUGGAUAUUGGCUCAAAUAUCACACUGCCAUGCUAUGUUCAGGGUUACCCAGAGCCUAAGGUUAAAUGGAAGCGGCUGAGUGGCGCUUCCGUUUUCUCAAGACCACUUGCUGUUAGUUCCAUCAGUCAGCUCAGAACAGGAGCUCUGUCAAUUAAUAAUUUGUGGAUUAGUGAUGAAGGAACUUAUGUCUGUGAAGCUGAAAACCAGUUUGGAAGGAUUCAGUCACAGCCAGCCACAAUCACGGUAACUGGACUGGUUGCACCUCUGAUUGGAAUAAGCCCAGCCACAGCCAAUGUAAUUGAGGGGCAGCAGCUCACUUUGCCAUGUGUUCUGCUUGCCGGAAACCCCAUUCCAGACCGGAAGUGGAUUAAGAACAGUGUGGUGCUGGUUCCCAAUCCCUACAUUAAUGUUCGACGUGAUGGGAGCCUGCAUCUUGAAAGAGUUCGGCUGCAGGAUGGGGGUGAAUAUACCUGCAUGGCCAGUAAUGUUGCUGGGACAAACAACAAAACCACUACUGUUAAUGUGUACGUUCUGCCCAUUAUUCAGCAUGGACAGCAGAUAUUCAGCACCGUUGAAGGAAUUCCAGUAACACUGCCAUGUAAAGCAAGUGGAGUUCCUAAGCCAACUAUUACUUGGUCUAAGAAGGGAGAAAUAAUUUUUCCCAGCAAUGGGAAAUUUUCCACAGGUUCUGAUGGAAGUCUCUAUGUAGUUUCGCCAGAGGGUGGAGAGACAGGGGAAUAUGUGUGUACUGCAACAAAUGCUGCUGGUUACGCUACACGGAAAGUCCAGCUGACUGUAUAUGUGAAACCUAGAGUAUCCAGGCCUGAAGACCAGCAAGGGCAUGGACCUCUAGAGAUCUCAGUAAUUAGCGGAGAAGAUGUCACACUUUCAUGUGAAGUAAAGAGCUUGCCACCUCCCAUAAUUACCUGGGCUAAAGAGACACAGCUCAUAUCUCCAUUCUCUCUAAGACAUACUUUCCUACCCUCAGGGUCAAUGAAGAUCAGUGAGACACAAGUUUCAGACAGUGGAAUGUAUUUCUGUGUAGCCACCAAUAUUGCUGGGAAUGUGACUCAGUCAGUGAAGUUACGCGUACAUGUUCCUCCUAAGAUACAGCGUGGUCAUCAAAUUGUGAAAGUCCAGGCUGGCCACAGAGUUGACAUACCCUGCAGUGCCCAGGGGAACCCUCCGCCAGCAAUCACCUGGUUCAGGGGCAGUAGUGCUGUGCCAAUAGACAGCAGGCAGCCCACUCACAGUCUGGAUGGGGCUCUGAGCAUCAGCAACAUCCAGCUUUCCAAUGCUGGGAUCUACAGGUGCAUCGCCACUAACGCGGCAGGCACUGACACCUCCGAGAUAACAAUUCAAGUUCAAGAGCCUCCUACUAUAGGUGAUCUUGAUCCUCCAUACAAUAAUCCGUUUCAAGAAAGAAUGGCAAAUCAACGUGUUGCAUUCCCAUGUCCAGUAAAAGGUAUUCCAAAGCCUGUCAUCAAAUGGCUACAUAAUGGAAGAGAAUUGACAGGCAGAGAACCAGGAAUUUCCGUUCUGGAGGAUGACAUGCUGCUGAUCAUAGCUUCUGUUACACCAUCUAAUAAUGGAGAAUAUAUCUGUGUGGCAACCAAUGAAGCUGGAAGUACAGAAAGAAAGUAUAACCUGAAAGUUCAUGUUCCUCCUGAAAUUAGAGAUCAAGAAAAGGUGACAAAUACAUCUGUAGUUGUUAAUCAUCCUGCAAGUCUCUUCUGUGAAGUAUUUGGAAAUCCAUUCCCAAUCAUCUCCUGGUAUAAAGAAGAUAUACAGGUUGUGGAAAGCAAUACUCUCCAGAUUUUGCAAAAUGGAAAGAUACUGAAGCUCCUUAAAGCUACUGUUGAUGAUGCCGGGCAAUACUCAUGCAAAGCCAUAAAUGUAGCAGGAAGUUCUGAGAAGCUCUUUAACCUAGAUAUACUGGUUCCUCCAAGUAUAAUAGGUGCUGAUACCACCAGUGAAAUUGCAGUCAUCCUCAACCAGGAAAUGAGUCUGGAAUGCAGAGCCAAAGGCUUUCCUUUUCCUGACAUUCACUGGUUCAGAGACAGCAAGCCCCUGUUCUUGGGUGAUCCCAAUUUUGAGCUUCUGGAAAAAGGUCAAGUUCUGCAUAUAAAGUCUGCUCGAAGGGUUGACAAAGGUCAUUACCAGUGCAGUGCCACUAACACUGCUGGCAAACAAAUUAAGGAGGUCAAGCUGAUCAUUCACGUUCCUCCUAGUAUUAAAGGAGGCAAUAUUACCACAGAGAUAUCAGCACUUCUUAACAAUCUUAUAAAUUUGGAUUGUGAAACCAAGGGAAUCCCUGUUCCUACCAUUACCUGGUACAAAGAAGGACGCCCCAUUAUUUCCAGCCCCCAAGCUCUAUAUGUGGACAAAGGGCAGUUCCUGCAAAUACCUCAUGCCCAAGUGUCAGAUUCUGCAAAGUACACUUGCCACGUGACCAAUGCUGCUGGAGCAGCUGAAAAAAUAUAUGAGGUCGAUGUCUAUGUUCCUCCAGUAAUAGAGGGCGAUGCUGAAACAGCACAGAGCAGGCAGGUGGUUGCUGGCAAUUCAGUGACUUUAGAAUGUAAAGCUGCUGGCAAUCCUUCUCCUCUCCUUACCUGGUUAAAGGAUGGUGUGCCUGUGAAAGCAAGUGACAACCUCCGCGUUGUGUCUGGUGGGAAGAAGCUGGAGAUCCUCAGCGCUGUUGAGGCUGAUCAGGGCCAGUAUUUGUGUGUGGCCACAAGCAUAGCUGGAGAACAAGAAAUCAAGUAUGGAGUUGAAAUCCUAGUUCCACCGUUUGUGGAAGGUGGGGACGAGAUCUUGGACUACACUGUGGUUCUCCAUAGCCCGUUGGAGUUGGAUUGUUUAGCAACAGGGACACCUUCACCAACAAUAACGUGGUUAAAAGGUGGCCAGCCAAUUGAAGAGGGAACUGGACGUAUGAUCUUGUUAAAUGGACAAAAAUUUCUCAUCUCUCGAGCUCAAGUAUCAGACACUGGCCAUUAUAAAUGUGUGGCUGCGAAUAUGGCAGGAGAACAUGAAAGGGAAUUUAUUGUUACUGUGCAUGUUCCUCCAACUAUUAAAUCAGCUGGUGCUUCUGAGAGAGCUGUUGUGCUACACAAACGUGUGACACUGCAGUGCAUAGCCAAUGGCAUUCCUAGCCCUUCCAUAACUUGGCUGAAAGAUGGUCAACCAGUAAACACAGCCAGGGGAAAUACUAGACUGGAGUCUUCAGGCCGUGUUCUGCAAGUUGUUGAGGCCAUGCUUGAAGAUGCUGGCAGAUACACUUGUGUGGCAACAAAUGCUGCAGGAGAAGCCCAACAGCAUAUUCAGCUUCAUGUGCAAGAACCACCCAGCCUGGAGGAUGCAGGGAAAAUGCUAAAUGAAACUGUGGUUGUGAAUAAUCCAGUCCAUCUUGAAUGCAGAGCAUUGGGGAACCCUCUGCCAGCUAUCACCUGGUACAAAGACAGUCGUCCGCUCACCAGUGCUACAAGUGUCACUUUUCUGAACAAGGGUCAGGUUCUGGAGAUUGAGGGUGCUCAGAUCUCUGACACUGGUGUUUACAGAUGUGUGGCUGUCAACACUGCAGGCACAGCUGAGUUGUCCUACAGUCUUCAGGUUCAUGUCCCACCAUCAAUCUCUGACAGCAGUGACAUGGUGACGGCAGUGGUCAAUCAUCUGGUGCAACUGGAGUGUGAAGCCAGAGGCAUCCCUGCACCCAUCCUGACAUGGCUAAAAGACAGCAGUCCUGUUUCCAGCUUUAGUGAUGGUCUUCAGGUUCUGUCUGGGGGCCGAGUCCUGGUGUUGACUAGUGCUCAGAUAAGUGACACAGGAAAAUAUACCUGUGUUGCAGUGAAUGCUGCAGGAGAGAGCCAAAGAGAUAUAGAUCUCAGAGUUUAUGUUCCACCAAACAUCAUGGGAGAGGAACAAAAUGUCUCUGUGCUCAUCAGCCAGGCAAUGGAGCUGCUCUGCCAGAGCAAUGCUGUUCCCCUGCCCAUGCUGACGUGGCUCAAAGAUGGGCGACCCUUGCUGAAGAAACCAGGUCUUAGCAUCUCUGAAGAUGGAAGUGUGCUGAAGAUUGAAGGAGCUCAAGUACAGGACACUGGCCGUUACACUUGCGAAGCGACAAAUGUUGCUGGGAAAACUAAAAAGAACUAUAAUGUCAAUAUCUGGGUUCCACCAAGUAUUUAUGGUUCAGAUGACAUCUCUCAGCUGACAGUAAUUGAAGGGAGCCUGAUAAGCUUGACAUGUGAGUCUACUGGCAUUCCACCACCUAGUCUUACCUGGAGAAAGAAUGGCUCACCACUUGUGGCUGACCAGUCAGGAAGGUUACGGAUAUUAUCUGGAGGCAGGCAGCUGCAGAUUUCAAUUGCUGAAAUGUCUGAUGCUGCAUCUUACAUUUGUAUUGCUUCAAAUGUAGCUGGAAGUGCAAAGAAAGAAUACAGCUUGCAAGUGUACAUUCGCCCAACGAUACUGGACAGUAGUGGCCACCCAUCAGAAGUUGUUGUUGCCCAGGGAAGUGAAAUUUCCCUAGAGUGCAAGGCUCAAGGUAUUCCAGAGCCAGCAGUAACAUGGAUGAAGGAUGGUCGUCCGCUGGUCAGUGGAAGGGACAUAGCAAUACUUCAUGAUGGGCACUUUCUUCAACUGAGAAAUAUCCAGGUGUUGGACACGGGUCGCUAUGUCUGUGUUGCUGCCAAUGUGGCAGGGCUGUCUGACAGAAAAUAUGAUUUAAAUGUUCAUGUUCCCCCAAGUAUUGCUGGUGACCUUCAGUUGCCCGAGAACAUCAGCACUGUGGAGAAGAAUCCCAUCUCUCUAGAUUGUGAAGCCUCAGGAAUUCCCUUGCCAUCAAUAAUGUGGCUCAAGAAUGGAUGGCCUGUCACUUCAAACACCUCAGUGCGAAUCCUCUCAGGGGGUAGAACGCUUCGUUUGACACACACAACUGUAUCAGAUGGAGGGCACUAUACGUGUGUGGUGACCAACGCUGCAGGAGAAGUGAGGAAGGAUUUUUACCUUUCUGUUCUAGUGCCUCCAGGGAUUGUGGAUGAAAAUAAGCAGGAAGAUGUGAAAGUGAAAGAGAAGAACAAUGUUACAUUAACAUGUGAAGUGAUAGGGAAUCCUGUACCACAGAUCACCUGGAGAAAGAAUGGGCAGCCUUUAAUGGAGGACAAAGAUCACAAAUUUCUGUCCAAUGGACAUUUUCUGAAAAUCACCAAUGCUCAAGUCUCAGACACAGGGAGAUACACUUGUGUUGCAUCCAAUUCAGCUGGAGAUAAGAGCAGAAGUUACAGUCUUAAUGUACUUGUGCCUCCAACCAUUGUGGGUGCAGAUAGCCGUGGAAGUGCAGAAGAGGUCACUGUUAUCCUCAGUAGUCCAACAUCUCUUCUUUGUGAGGCUUAUUCGUAUCCUCCAGCUACAAUAACCUGGCUGAAAGAUGGCAAUCUUUUAGAAUCAAACAGAAAUAUCCAAAUUUUGCCAGGUGGUCGAACCCUGCAGAUUCUAAGCGCUCAGAAGCACAGUGCUGCGAGAUAUACCUGCAUAGCCACAAAUGAGGCUGGAGAAACUUUGAAACACUAUGAAGUGAAAGUCUACAUUCCACCCACCAUUAACAGAGGGGAUGUCCCAGAAAUGGGUCUCUCCCCUAAGGAGUUGAAGAUCAAAAUCAACCACAGCCUAACUCUGGAGUGUGAAGCACAUGCCGUUCCUGCUGCAGUCAUCAGCUGGUACAAAGAUGGACAGCCUCUUAAACCAGAUGAUCGUGUCAUUAUCCAAGCCAGUGGCCACACUCUGCAGAUUACAGAGGCUCAGGUUUCAGAUACAGGACGGUACGUUUGCCUGGCAUCCAAUAUUGCUGGAGAGGAUGAAGUAGAAUUUGAUAUAAAUAUACAAGUUCCUCCUAGUUUCCAAAAGCCUUUUAGAGGAUGGGAAGCUGGUAAUGUGUUAGAUACAGGAAGAGGUGGAGAAAAUAAAGAUGUGAUUGUCAACAAUCCCCUUUCACUGUACUGUGAGACCGAUGCUGUUCCUCCUCCAGUUCUUACAUGGUAUAAAGAUGACUAUCCUCUGAGCUCUAGCGAUAAAGUACUGAUAUUGCCAGGAGGUCGCGUGUUACAGAUUCCACGGGCACAGGCUGAAGAUGCAGGGAGAUACAUGUGUGUGGCGGUAAAUGAAGCUGGAGAGGAUUCCAUUCACUACGAUGUCCGCGUACUCUUACCACCAUCCAUCAGUGGAGCAGAUGGUGAUCUGCCUGAAGAAGUGAAUGUACUUGGAAACAAGAUCGCAGUGAUGGACUGUGUCUCGAGCGGCACUCCAUCUCCAAGCAUCACCUGGCAGAAGGAUGGCCACCUUCUAGCACAAGAUGACAAACAUAGCUUUUUGUCCAAUGGAAGAAGAUUGCAGAUUUUGAAUUCCCAAAUAACAGAUACUGGCAGGUAUGUCUGUGUUGUGGAAAACAUAGCUGGAAGGGCCAAGAAGUAUUUUAACCUGAAUGUUCAUGUUCCUCCAAGUGUUGUUGGUGCUAAUCCUGAGAAUUUGACUGUUGUGGUGAAUAAUUUCAUAUCUCUGACUUGUGAGGUCACUGGCUUUCCGCCUCCUGAUCUCAGCUGGCUCAAGAAUGGAAAACCUAUCAGCUUGAAUACUAACACGUUUAUUGUGCCUGGUGCUCGGACUUUGCAGAUUCCCCAGGCCAAACUGUCAGAUGGUGGUGAAUAUACUUGUAUUGCAAGAAACCAAGCUGGGGAAAGUUGGAAAAAGAGCUUCCUAACUGUCCUUGUCCCCCCAAGCAUCAAAGACCAUAGUGGAACCUCAGUGACAAUGUUCAACGUGAAAGUUGGCACCCCAGUGAUGUUAGAGUGUGAAGCCAGUGCUAUCCCACCACCGGUCAUCACCUGGUACAAGAACAGGCGUAUAAUUUCAGAGUCUGCAAAUAUGGAGAUCUUAGCAGAUGGGCAAACACUGCAAAUCAAGGGUGCUGAGGUUUCUGACACUGGCCAAUAUGUGUGCAAAGCUAUAAAUAUUGCAGGGCGAGAUGAUAAAAAUUUCCAUCUUAACGUUUACGUGCCACCAAACAUAGAAGGCCCUGAAGAAGAGUUGAUCAGUGAAACAGUCAGUAAUCCUGUUGCCUUCGUGUGUGAUGCUACUGGAAUUCCUCCACCAACACUGGUCUGGCUUAAGAAUGGAAAACCACUAGAGAUCUCCAAUUCUCUUGAAGUUCAUAUUUUAUCUGGUGGAAACAAGCUUCAGAUUGCUCGCUCUCAGCUUCUAGACAGUGGGACCUACACAUGUAUUGCCUCAAAUGUAGAAGGAAAAGCUCAGAAAAGUUUUGUGCUUUCCAUUCAAGUUCCUCCUAGUAUUGUUGGCUCUGAAAUAUCUAGUGAGGUCGGUGUCCUCUUGGGAGAAGGCAUCCAGCUGGUAUGUAAUGCCACUGGAGUGCCAGCACCUGUUGUACAAUGGCUUAAAGAUGGAAAAACAGUUGCCAGUGACAACUUACAAAGAAUAAGAGUAGCUCCAGAUGGCAGCACAUUAGAAAUCUUUAGAGCUCUCACUUCUGAUACAGGAAAAUACACUUGCGUGGCUACUAAUCCUGCAGGAGAAGAGGACCAAAUUUUCAGCUUGAGUGUAUAUGUUCCUCCAACAAUAACCAACAGUAGAAGUGAACCAGAAGAACUCACUGCCCUCUUGGACACCUCCAUAAAUAUUGGAUGUACUGCCACUGGAACUCCCUCUCCACAGAUGAACUGGCUAAAGAAUGGCCUUCCUCUGUCUGUCUCCUCCCGGAUCAGAUUACUGUCAGCUGGGCAAAUUCUCAGACUUGUCCGAGUGCAAAUAUCUGAUGCUGGUGUGUACACUUGUGUAGCAUCUAGCAGAGCUGGAGUGGACAACAAGCAUUAUAACCUUCAGAUUUUUGUACCACCAAGCCUGGAUAAUGCAAGAGGAACAGAGGAAGUGACUGUAGCAAAAGGCAGCUCAGCUUCACUGAAGUGUUUUACUGAUGGCACACCUGCCCCUGCUAUGUCUUGGUUUAAAAAUGGACAUCCGUUAAGCCUUGGAGCUCACCAGACUUUAAGUAACCAAGGAAUGGUUCUUCAUUUUGUAAAAGCAGAGAUUGGUGACGUAGGCAAAUACACUUGUGUAGCAUCUAAUAAAGCAGGAGAUGUCAGCAAGCACUUUUCCCUAAAAGUGUUGGAACCACCUCAAAUCAGUGGUUCAGGUCAACCAGAAGAGCUCUCUGUGAUUGUCAACAACCCCCUUGAACUUCUUUGCAUCUCUACUGGCAUUCCAAUCCCCAAAAUCUCAUGGAUGAAGGAUGGGCGCCCGCUUCUGCAGAAUGAUAAUAUUCACGUCAUAAGAGAAGGGCUUCGAAUAACCAGCGCUCAGGUGGAGGAUGCAGGAAGAUACACGUGUUUGGCAUUUAGCCCAGCAGGGGAUGAUGAUAAGGAAUAUUUAGUAAGAGUGCAUGUUCCUCCUAAUAUUGCUGGUACCAGUGGUCUGCAGGACCUCACUGUGUUGCAGAACAGACAAGUUAUACUGGAAUGCAAGUCAGAUGCUGUACCACCUCCGACAAUCUCGUGGUUUAAGAAUGGAGAACUUGUAGAGGGAACUCCUCGAAUUCGAAUCCUAUCCAACGGACGAUACAUGCAAAUCAAUAAUGCUGACCUCACAGAUACAGCAAACUAUACAUGUGUGGCAAGUAAUGUUGCAGGAAAAAUGACCAGGGAGUUCAUGCUGGCAGUACAUGUGGCUCCAACAAUUCAAAGUAGCCCUCAGACUACUGUUGUCCAUUUAAACGCGUCUGCUGUUCUGGAGUGUAGUGCAGAAGGAGUACCAACCCCCAGAAUUACAUGGAGGAAAGAUGGGGCUGUUUUUAAUGGAAACAAUACAAGAUAUUCCAUAUUAGAGGAUGGAUCUCUACAAAUCCACUCAGCACGUGUUACUGACACAGGAAGAUACAUGUGUAUGGCAACUAAUGCAGCCGGCACCGAGCGCAAACAAAUUGAUCUGCAAGUCCUUGUCCCUCCAACUAUUGCUUCUGGACGUACUAAUAUUACAGUUACUGUAAAUGUGCAGACCACGUUGCCCUGCGAAGCCACUGGAAUUCCUAGGCCAGCAGUUAGCUGGAAGAAGAAUAGGCAUCUGCUUAGUCUUGACCAGAACCAGAAUACUUACAGACUUCUGUCUUCAGGUUCCUUAGUAAUCAUUUCUCCCACUGUGGAUGACACUGCUGUCUAUGAGUGCUCUGUGUCAAAUGAUGCAGGAGAAGAUCAAAGAGCAGUUGAACUCACUGUUCAAGUGCCCCCAUCCAUAGCAGAUGAAGCCACAGAUCUCUUGGUAACAAAACUAUCUCCAGUAGUUAUUUCCUGCACUGCUUCAGGGGUUCCUGUUCCCUCGGUUCAUUGGACCAAAAAUGGUGUAAAGUUGCUUCCCAGAGGAGAUGGCUACAGAAUUCUCCCUUCAGGUGCUGUUGAAAUUCCUGCUGUUCAGUUAGCACAUGCAGGUCGGUACACCUGUGUGGCCUGGAACACGGCUGGCUCUGCUCAUAGGCAUGCCACUCUUCAUGUUCAGGAACCACCCAUCAUCCAAAUUCAGCCAGGGAUGCUGGAUGUCAUUGUGAACAAUCCCAUUCUGUUACCAUGUGAAGCAGUGGGAACACCUCAACCCAUAAUAACAUGGCAAAAGGAGGGUAUCAAUAUAAUGACAACAGGAAACAGCUAUAUGGUUUUUCCCAAUGGCAGCUUACAGAUUACAGAAUCAACUGUUGAAGAUGCUGGCACUUAUACGUGUGUUGCUCAAAAUCCAGCUGGCACUGCUUUGGGAAAAAUCAAACUGAAAGUUCAAGUCCCUCCUGUCAUCAACUCCCAGCCAAAGGAGUAUGUUGUUCCUGUUGAUCAAUCUGUCACUCUACAGUGCGAGGCUGAAGGCAACCCUGGGCCAGAGAUCAGUUGGCAUAAAGAUGGCCAGCAAGUAACGGAAUCCAUGAGAAGAAGAAUCCUUAGCACUGGGGCACUGCAGAUUGUGUUUGUGCAGCCUGGAGACACAGGCCAUUACACAUGCAUAGCUGCAAAUGUGGCAGGGUCCAGCAGUUCCACCGUGGAACUUGUUGUGCAGACUCCGCCUAAGAUUCACAAUACGGAGGCACAUUACACGGUCACGGAGGAUUCCCGUGCUGUUCUGGCCUGUGUGGCAGAUGGAAUUCCAACACCAGUAAUAAACUGGAAGAAGGACAAUGCACUGUUAACAGAGAUAGUGGGAAGAUACAAGACUGUGCCAAGUGGAGACCUCAUUUUUGACAAUGUUGUUCCUGAAGAUUCUGGCACUUAUACCUGUACUGCCAAGAAUGCUGCUGGAGAAGACACACAUACUGUCACACUGGUUGUUCAUGUACUCCCAGCUUUUACUGAACUGCCUGGAGAUGUAACUUUGACUAAAGGAGAACAACUUAGAUUAACUUGCAAAGCAACUGGGAUACCUGUGCCCAAAAUAACUUGGACUUUUAAUAAUAACAUCAUUCCAGCACAGUAUGAUGUUGUAAGUGGACACAGUGAACUUGUUAUUGGAAGAGUAUCUAAAGAUGACUCUGGUACCUAUGCAUGCACAGCAGAAAAUGCAGUUGGCUCCAUCAGAGCUAUUGGUUUUGUGUAUGUCAGAGAGCCUCCGGUCUUCAGAGGGGAUUACCAUCCUAGCCGAAUUGAGCCCUUGGGUGGUAAUGCUAUGCUGAACUGUGAAGUCAGAGGGAAUCCACCUCCAACCAUCCAGUGGAGCAAAGAAGGAGUGGGCAUUCAGAUUAGCAAGAGGAUCCGACAGCUUAACAAUGGUUCUCUUGCUAUCUACGGCACUGUAAACGAAGAUGCUGGUGACUACAAGUGUGUGGCAACCAACGAUGCUGGUGUGGUGGAACGCAGUCUAACACUCACCCUUCAGAGUCCUCCAGUCAUCACCAUUGAGCCUGCACAGACUACUGUUGAAGCUGGUGCUACAGCAAUGCUGAACUGCCAGGCCAGUGGAGAACCCCCUCCAGCCAUCAGAUGGUCCCGCCAAGGUCAUCCACUAGUGAGCAAUGACAGGGUGACUGUCUUGCCUAAUGGCUCCCUGCAUAUCAUUGCAGCACAGAAGGAAGAUACAUCUGAAUAUGAGUGUGUAGCGAGGAAUCUAAUGGGAUCUGUGCUUGUUAGAGUUCCACUGACUGUCCAGGUGCACGGUGGAUUUUCGGAUUGGCUUGAAUGGCAACCUUGCAGCGUAACAUGUGGUCAGGGUGUUCAGGAGCGCGCUCGUAGAUGCAACAACCCCCUUCCAGCAAAUGGUGGGAGACCAUGUGAGGGGCCUGACACAGAUGUGCGCAGCUGCCACAACAAGCCAUGUCCAGUUGAUGGCAACUGGUCUGAAUGGGGGCUUUGGGAGGAGUGUUCAAAGAGCUGUGGAGAAGGGAAUAGGACCAGAACCAGAACCUGCAGUAACCCACCAGCCCAGCGCGGUGGGAAGCCAUGCAAUGGCAGUGCUGUGGAUUUCAUCAUGUGCAAAGUUGGGCCUUGUCCAGUUGAUGGUGAGUGGAGCUCCUGGCUUCCGUGGGGCCCAUGCAGCGAGAGCUGUGGGAAAGGCACCCAGACGCGGCUGCGGCUCUGCAGCAGCCCCCCUCCCUCACAUGGUGGGUCCCACUGUCACGGGCCUGAUGUGCAGAGGCAGGUCUGCAGCAAGAGGCGCUGCCCAGUGGACGGGAAGUGGGCCCAAUGGGGCAGCUGGAGUGCCUGCACUGUGUCCUGUGGUGGAGGCAGCAGUCAGAGAAUACGCCAAUGCUCAGACCCAGCCCCACAGUUUGGAGGUCACAGGUGUGAAGGAAAUGACAUACAAGUUGAUUUUUGCAACAGUGAUCCUUGUCCUGUUCAUGGCAGCUGGGGCCCGUGGGGCAGCUGGGGAGCGUGCAGCCGCUCGUGCAAUGGCGGGCAGGCAAGGCGGUACCGGGGCUGUGACAGCCCUCACCCCAGCAGCGGCGGCAGGGCCUGUGCAGGGGCUGACAUGCAGAUCCAGCGGUGUGGCACUGACUUGUGCCCUGUGAAUGGAAACUGGGGGCCAUGGCAGACAUGGAGCCAGUGCUCUGCUUCUUGUGGCGGAGGAGAGCAGACCCGAACACGCCUAUGCAGGAAUCCUGCCCCGCUAUAUCAUGGCCAUCCUUGUCUUGGAGAUUCCUCCCAGAUAUCCAGGUGUAAUAAUCAAGCAUGUCCUGGUGGGCCUUCACGUGCCCAAGGCAGCAUCAUUGGAAGCAUCAACAAUAUUGAGUUUGGAAUUGCUUUCCUGAAUGUCACAGUAACAGACAGCCUGAACUCUGAAUCUAGAGUAAUACAAGCAAAGAUUACAAGCAUCCCUCGGAGCCUUGGUCCAGCAUUGAGAAAGCUUGUUUCUAUUCUGAGCCCAGUCUAUUGGACAACUGCAAAAGAAAUUGGAGAAGCAAUGAAUGGAUUUACACUCACUGACGCGAUAUUCAAGAGAGAAACCCAAGUGGAAUUUGCGACUGGAGAGGUUCUGCGAGUAACUCACAUUGCCCGGGGUUUGGAUUCAGAUGGAGCCUUACUGCUGGAUGUUGUUGUAAAUGGCCAUGUUCUGCAGCUGCAGCCACUAGCUAAUGUUAACAUGAAGGAUUACACAGAAGACUACAUUCAGAUCGGCCCCGGGCAGCUGUAUGCCCAUUCCACUCGCCUCUUUGCUGUGGAUGGAGUUAGUGUUCCCUACACAUGGAACCACACUAUUACCUAUGAUCAUACUAAAGGAAAAAUGCCUUUUUUGGUGGAAACCCUCCAUGCUUCCUCUAUCACAACAGAGUACAACCCAUUGGAAGAAACUUUGGCUUUUAAAAUCCACGCUUCCAUUUCAAAAGGAGAUCAUAGCAACCAGUGUCCUGCUGGGUUUGAGUUCGACUCAUCUGGGCCUUACUGUACAGAUGAAGAUGAAUGUGCUGUGCAAAAUCCCUGUAGCCACACCUGCCACAAUGCCAUGGGAUCCUACCACUGCUCCUGUCCAAGAGGCCUCACGAUUGCUGCAGAUGGGAGAAUGUGCCAGGAUGUUGAUGAGUGUGCACUGGGCAGGCACAGCUGCCACACUGACCAGGACUGCGAGAACAGCGCAGGCUCAUACCACUGCGUGCUGCGCUGCAGGACCGGCUUCCGGAGGGCGGCGGAUGGGCUCAGCUGCCAGGAUAUUAACGAGUGUCAAGAGUCCAACUCCUGUCAUCAGCAUUGCUUCAAUACCAUAGGAAGUUUCCACUGUGGUUGUGAUCCAGGAUACCAGCCGAAGGGCAGAAAAUGCAUAGAUAUAAAUGAAUGCAGGCAGAAUGUAUGCAGGCCCAAUCAGUUUUGCAAAAACACCCGUGGUGGCUACAAGUGCAUUGAGCUGUGUCCAAAUGGAAUGACCAAAGCAGAAAACGGAACUUGUAUUGACAUCAAUGAGUGCCGUGACGGAACCCAUCAGUGCCACUACAGCCAGAUCUGUGAGAACAUGCGAGGGAGUUACCGCUGUGUGUGUCCAAGAGGGUAUCGGUCACAGGGAGUUGGAAGGCCUUGUAUGGACAUUAAUGAAUGUGAACAAGUGCCUAAGCCCUGUGCAUUUUGGUGCACCAACACCCCCGGCAGCUUCAAGUGUAUCUGUCCACCUGGACAACAUUUAUUAGGUGAUGGGAAAUCUUGUGCUGGAUUGGAGAGAUUGCCACAUUCUGGUGCCUAUUACAAUGUCUAUAACUAUGCUCAAUUCUCCCCUAUGAGAGACAACUAUCAACCUCAACAGUAUUACAGGCACUCCUCAAACCUCUACAGCUCCUUCUCAGAGUAUAGGAACAGCAGAAUACCUGUCUCCAGAACUAAAAGGAACAUUAGAGAAACUUGUCCUGAAGGCUAUGAGGCAAAAAAUGACAGAUGUGUAGACAUUGAUGAAUGUGAAGCCAGAGAUACAUGCCAGCACGAGUGCAGGAACACCCUGGGAAGUUACCAGUGUGCUUGUCCCUCUGGUUAUCAUCUUAUGCCCAACGGCAAAACCUGCCAAGACAUUGAUGAAUGCCUCGAACACGACACUGACUGUGGAGCAAGCCAGAUGUGCUUCAACAUGAGAGGGAGCUACCAGUGCAUAGAGACACCUUGCCCACCAAACUACCAGCGGGAGCCUCUUUCUGGGUUCUGUCUCAAAAACUGCCCAGCCAACGAUUUGGAGUGUGCCUUGAGUACCUAUGCCUUGGAAUACAAAUUUGUCUCCCUCCCCUUUGGCAUAGCUGCUGGUCAGGACUUAAUCCGGCUGGUUGCCUUUACACAAGAUCAGGUCAUGCAUCCGAGGACAACUUUCUUAAUGGCAGAUGAGGAGCCAACAAUCCCGUUUGCCCUGCGAGAUGAGAACUUGAAAGGAGUUGUGUUCAGCACCAGACCGCUGCAAGAGCCGAAGACUUACCGCAUGAGAAUCAGAGCCUUGUCCUAUGGUGUUGAUGGAAAUAUCGAGUAUCAGACAACUUUCAUUGUUUAUAUAGCAGUGUCAGCCUAUCCUUAUUAAACACACAAGCUACUUGAGAGUAAUCACAGUAUUUUAAUCACAUUCAUACAUGCUGAUGGGUAUUACCACUUCAGACGGAUCCUACUGUCUGCCUACAGUUUUGAACCAUGUAACUUGAAAAUGGUGAUAUGCUCUUUUGUUUUUCCUUCCCUGAGGCUACUCAUACAGCUCCGUUAUUCCAAUUCUAGAUGAAAAUCCAUGCCUUUGAGGAUCUGCUACUACUUCCUGUAUUUAUUACACCAGAGCAGUCAUUUUUCACAGCCGAACAAAAUAAAGUAUGAGCUGAUGAAUGUACAGUCAAAAGCAGUAUGCAGGGAGCAGCCUCAGUUAAAAGCAAGUGAAGAAAUGCUAACGAGAAGAAAUACUAGUUUCAAGUGUUCUGUGUAUCUUAAAGGUUGCUAAAUGUGUUACAAUUUUAGAUGUAUUAGAAUUUUUUGUAUCAAAUACCUGAUAGAAUUAGGACUGUAUAUAUAUUAUGUCACAAAAAAAUACCACUAUAAUGGUGCCAGUGCUGACACACGA